AAUAGCUUUAUUGCAGUUAUUGUUUGGGGACUGAUAAUACUAAACUGUCUACAUUGAAACCAGUGAAUGAAUGGUUAAAAAUGGCAUUAGAGGAGUUAUUUAAAACCCCCAUUGGGGAACAAGGGUCACUUGUGCUGCUACAACCCCUGGAGCAGGCAGCAGAGGGCAUUGGGAGCUGACCACUGAUUGGUCAGUCAGACAGAAAAGGGCGGUCCAAAUGAAUUAGUGAUACACACUAAAGGCAGAUAUCCUGCAGUGAUCAAACCAUGGGUGAUCUGACAGACCGGUGUUUGAAGUGAUUAUCAUGCUACGCAACAUAAAGGCUUACGCCCAGCUUUGGGCCUAAUGAAUUCACUUAGGGCCCUUUAGAAGACAUUUGUAGGGGACUGGAAAGUUCAGACACUUACUGAGAAGUCAGCAGAAGAACAGGAUAGCAGCAGUAGACCUGGAUCCCUAAAGCUGACCUGCUGCUACACCAAAACAAGCCAAUCUGAAGAUUAUCUGCUCUUCUGAGAAUGCCACACUUAAGUGACUGCAGUUACUACAUGAUGCUGGACGCAACCAGAGCUUCAAAUGUACACAGCCACCUGGAGAACUCCAAGUUCCACCUCCACCAGACCCAGAAUCAGCAGGUCAAGCAGUACCUGACACUGGGCUCCAAGCUGGCCUCUUCGGCCGGGCAGGGCCACACCAUUCCGCAUCCACACACCCCUGGCCAGCUGGCCACCGUGCCGGUCAUGAGGAACGGACACAUGCCCUCUGUCAGCGACAGCAGUAACCCCAACAGCCCCGUUACCCUGCUCACUAUGGCCAAUCACGACAGCGAGUUUCCAAUGGAUGAAGUUAUUGAUGACCUAAUUAGUCUUGAAUCCGGUUUCAAUGAUGGAGGCUUGGAUUGCAUGGAGCCUAACAUGAUAAUGCAAAGCAAUGUGUCCCUCAGUGGCAGCAUGCUGGACGUCUAUGGGGGCGAACAAGGUAUGAACGCCCCUAAUGGUGGAAUGAGUCCCACAUCUAACCCCACAAAGCUCACUGUAAAAAGGGAAUACACAGAACACGACACAAGGGUGAUGGCCAAAGAGAGACAGAAAAAGGACAACCAUAAUUUGAUUGAAAGAAGGCGAAGAUACAACAUCAACUACAGGAUUAAGGAACUGGGGACACUAAUACCAAAGUCAAAUGACCCUGACAUGCGCUGGAACAAAGGCACUAUCCUGAAGGCCUCGGUGGAGUACAUAAGGUGGCUGCAGAAGGAGCAGCAGCACGCUCGGGAGCUGGAGAGCCGUCAGAAGAAGCUGGAGCAAGCAAAUAGGAGACUGCUUCUGAGGAUCCAGGAGCUUGAGAUCCAGGCACGAGCACAUGGCAUCCCAAACAUGGCUACAGCCUUGGGGACAACUGAACUAUCCACCCAUCUCCUCAAACAACAACAACAGCAGCAGCAGCAGCAGUCAUCUCCCCAGACCCAGCAACCCCAGCAGCCGCCCCUCUACCAAGAGGAUCCCAACAGCGACUACCUGCAAAGGAUAGCCGUGGUGGCCGGUGUGCCGUCCAUCCCCACUGCCAGCGGGCCGCAGGACCACAUUGGUGCAGACGGCUGCACCACAUUCUCCGACCCGCUGUCCCACUUCACAGACUUCUUCAGCGCUACCCUCAAGGAGGAGCAUCGGCUGGACGAAAUUCUGAUGGAUGACCCACUAUCGCCCUUUGGCACCGACCCCCUCCUCUCAGCCAGCUCACCUGGAGCCGCAUCCAAGGACAGCAGCCGCAGGAGCAGCUUCAGCUCUGCUGAGGGUGACGACCUAUAAGGAUGCCCUCUUCAGCUACACACUCUUGUUAUCUCCUCAUGACAAUACAGUUGAAAACCCCACUGGUAAAGGACAUACACAGAGCCUUUGAAAGACUGAUGGCGCAACUUGCAGGGUUGCAAAUAAUUUAAAUGACUUACACACCUGACAGUGCCCCCUCAAAGUGCCACCUGUACAUAGAGUGUGGAGUUUGAUCAGGUGGGUGUUCGAGCUGGAAUGGCCCAAAAGCUUGCAUUCUCCAGAGCUCAGCGGGAUCAGGAAGAGCUCGUGGACCUCCUGCUUCUCCACCUGCUCUUUUUCACUUUUCUAUAGACAAUCAAUAUGUUUUGCGGCCUCCCGGACAGAGCAGAAACAGACCUGCAAGAAAAAGGGAGACAUUUAUCAGCGUUUAAGUACAUUAUGUAUAUGACCACUGUUGUUCU